AUGAGUGAUAUAAUUAGCGGUGAUACAUAAAAUGUCAAAUUAGUAAAAACUAAUUGUUCGUAAAAUGAGGAAUACCAAAUGAAAUAACAGUUUAUUGUAAAUAAAUAAAUGUUUUUUAGAUAUUCUAAUAAAAAAAAAAUAAGAGAUGACUAUAAGUUUCUAAAAGAGCUAGGAUCAGGAGCCUUUGGUGUAGUAUUCUUAGCUACUCAUAGAAUUACAGGAGAUGAAAGAGCUGUAAAAGCAGUAGCAAAAGAUAGAUUGUCUGAUAAACAAUAAUUUUAGGAUGAAAUAAAUAUUUUAAAAGAACUUGAUCAUCCUAAUAUUAUAAAACUCUAUGAAGUAUAUGAAAGCGAGUCCACAAUUUAUUUAGUAACAGAGUAUUGUGAAGGUGGUGAAUUAUUUUAGUAUGUUGUUUAAAACAAAAGACUCUAAGAAAAAGAUGCUGCUUUAAUUAUGAGAUAACUUUUCUCAGCAGUAUCAUAUAUUCAUGAUAAUGGAGUAAUUCAUAGAGAUUUAAAGCCUGAAAAUUUUUUGCUUAAAAAGAAGUCAGAUCCAACAACAAUAAAAAUGAUAGAUUUUGGAAUUUCUAAAAAAUUCAAAAAAGGAGAAGUUUUGAGACAAUAAUCUGGUACACCUUAUUAUAUAGCUCCAGAAGUUAUUGAAGGAUAAUAUAGUGAGUAAGUUGAUAACUGGGCACUCGGAGUAAUACUUUAUAUUUUGCUUUCGGGAACACCUCCUUUUUAUGGAAAAAAUGCUUAAGAAAUAUUCUAUUCAAUAAGAAAAUGCAACUAUAAUUUAAAUUUAAAAGCAUUUUUAGAAUGCAGCAAUGAAGUGAGAGAUUUAAUAUCAAGAUUGCUGGUGAAGAAUCCUAAAAAAAGACUCUGUGAUAUUGAUUGUUAUAACCAUCCAUGGGUGUAAUAGUAAGUGAGCAGAGAAAAUCAAAAUUUAAUUAUUUCAAGUGAUUCUCUAGCAGGUUUAAAGAAAAUAGUAGAACUUAAAAAUAUAAAAAAGACAAUUCUCAUUUAUAUGGCAUCUCAGAUAUAGGACAGUGAUUUAGAUGUUUUGAAAUAGAUAUUUGUUAGUAUGGACAAGGAUGGAAAUGGACGUAUUAGUUUAGAUGAAUUAAAAGGAGGUCUUCAGUUAUUUAAAGAAAAAUGUAAUUUAGAUUUUCAAGAGAGUGAAGUGAAACAGAUCUUUUAAGCAAUGGAUUUUGAUAAUAGUGGACAAAUAGAUUAUUCAGAAUUCAUAGCAACAUUUUUAGCAAAUCCUGAAUUUUAAACUGAUAAAGCCAUCACAUAAGCCUUUUUAAAAAUUGAUAAAAAUAAUGAUGGCAAAAUUACAAGGCAAGAAUUGCAAGAUAUUCUAGGAACUGAUAUAAUAUCGAUCGGAGAAAUUGAUAUCGACGAGCUCAUAAAAGAAGCUGACACAAAUGGAGAUGGAGAAAUUGAUUUUACUGAGUUUCUUACUAUGCUAAGAGAAAAGAGAAAUAAAAAGAGGAAGAAAAGCAAAUCUAAAGAACCAACUAUCAAUUUAAUUGAAGGUUAAAACGAUUAGUAAUAACAACAAGACAAAUGA